AUGGGUCCAUCGGAGUCUGCUAUGUCGACGUUGCCCGAUGGUUGUCAUGGUGUUGUGGGCCUGGUGGACCAUGCACUCUCACGGCAUCUCCCAGUUGAUUUUCAGCUAGACCCGGGCUUUAACAAUGAGGUAAAAAUGCUCUAUUGGGUGGAUUUGGAUGAGGUAGUGAGAGGUAUACUAAACACGGAGAAGAUUUUCAUUGGUGGAGACAAUAAUGGUCAAAUGAGGGAAGAUUAUACUGAUUUUGAUGAUGUUCGUGGAGGCUUUUGUUUUGGGGUAUGGAAUGGAGGUGGAGCAUUGCUUCUUGAUUUGUCUAAGGAUUUUGAGUUGGUUAUUGCUAACUCAUACUUUCCGAAAUGGCAGAACCACAUGGAAACCUUUCGUAGCACGAUAGCUAUGACUUAG